GGGGGGUCUUACUGCAUCUUUUUUUCCCUUCCCCAGGAAAUGGCUACAUCGAAGGCAAAGAGCUGGAAAACUUCUUCCAGGAGCUGGAAAGCGCGAGGAAGGGGGCGGGAGUGGACUCCAAGUACGACGAUUUGGGUGACAAGAUGAAGGAGUUCAUGCACAAGUACGACAAGAACUCAGAUGGCAAAAUCGAGAUGGCAGAGCUUGCCCAGAUCCUGCCCACGGAGGAGAAUUUCCUGCUGUGUUUCCGCCAGCAUGUGGGUUCCAGCUCGGAGUUCAUGGAGGCUUGGCGCAGGUACGACACCGACCGCAGCGGCUACAUCGAAGCCAACGAGCUCAAGGGCUUCUUGUCAGACCUGCUGAAGAAGGCGAACCGGCCCUACGACGAGCCCAAGCUGCAGGAGUACACGCAGACCAUACUGCGGAUGUUUGACAUGAAUGGCGACGGGAAGCUGGGCCUCUCGGAGAUGUCCCGACUUUUGCCUGUGCAAGAAAACUUCCUUCUGAAGUUUCAGGGGAUGAAGCUCUCCUCGGAGGAGUUCAACGCCAUCUUUGCCUUCUACGACAAGGACGGGAGCGGCUUCAUCGAUGAGAACGAGCUGGAUGCGCUCUUGAAAGACCUGUAUGAGAAGAAU